ACCCGAGCAGAUGGUCCCGGCAGAAAGAAAUUCCAGGCUGUUAGUUGCGAGUUGAUUUGGAAGGCAGAAGCCUGAGACGCGGAUCAUCCGGGCGCGUGGGAAGGCUUCCCUUGAACUAGAGGACGGCAGAAGUAUUCUCACAGAACCGCAUGGCUGCUUCUUACAGAAAGCCAACGCCAGUCCUGACGCCGUCCUGGACUGGAGCCCAGCCGACUCUAAAAAACCAGAUUCUUCCAUAAGGUGUUUUAAAAAGAGGGAGAGGAAAUUUGACUGAAAAGCUGUGAAACUUAGACCGGAGUGUAAUUGGACACUGCGAAAUUCAUGUUUCUUGAAACUGGGCACGGUUUCAAGUCCUGCCUGCCUGUGAUUCCACCGCCGUCUGCACAGGGGUUAUUGUAUUGCUUUAGUCAAGUCAAGGUGGCUGGUUGCUCUGAAAAAUUCCUGCCUUGCUGAAAGACCCAGAAAACGCUGACUCUGAUGUAUCUCCGCUGUGUCAAUGCUUAUUUCCUUUGAAGUGACACUGUAUUGAAGAGAGCUUUCUACACGAUAACUCAGCGAUAGGACAAGCCAAAAAGUUAAGGCUGGCUGCAAAGAGGAGGAGGCGCAAAAUGAACAGCGUCACUCCGUACGCAAGAUCCAGAGGGCCGUCGAAGUGAAGCGAGAGGGCUUGAAAAUGUCUGCGUGCAGCGACUUUGUGGAACACAUCUGGAAGCCAGGAUCCUGCCAAAACUGCUUCUGCCCCAGACACUUCCACCAGCUGCAGGCGCCACCCCUCGACCUGGGAAACAGCGGCCGGCUCGCGCAGGAUCUUCAUGGAACCCGAGCCAGACCUGAGCUUCUGGAAGAUGACGGCGUGACUUCCUCGACUUACUCCAAGCCGACUAUUGCUGUGAAGCCGACAAUGAUCAACUCGGAUAUUUCUGAGGUGUGGGCGGAUGGGAACCUGAGCGCAGAUAUCCCGCAGGUCAGCAGGAGAACGGCACCUGGAAAGUGUGUUUUUAUAAAAUCUGGAGAAGAGCAAAAAGCGUACAUAGACCCUUUCAGCAAUCAUGUCCUAAGGAAGCCUGUUGGUCAGACUCCAUUAAGCGAGUGUACUUCAUGUGGCCCUUCCUCAGUUGGCACUUCAGUUCCUACAAGCACAUCAGAAAGAAAUAUUACCUUUCCAGUUGAGGUGGAUCUACAGCAGGAAGGAAGUAAAGUGCCUGGCAAGGAGAAGUUGUCCUUGCCAUAUUUGGGACUGUAUCAUAAGCCAUCCAUUUUUAGUGACAGGCACAUUAAUUCAGCUACGGAGUCUUCUGGAUACUCUUCCGUGUGCCAAAGAAGGGAGGCCUUAGCUUUCGAUAAAGCUGGUGUAUCCAACUCUCCAGACUUAGAAAGUGAAGGUGGAGAGUAUUGUUCCAUCGUAGACUGUUGUGGGGAGUCUUUUGUUCACCAGACCCUAGGUAGUGCGGAAACCAAACCGGCAAGGCCUGAAAGCGAAAAUCACAUUCUGAAACUUUUGGGGCAAGAUGGUGCAGUCAGUACAGAAACGAAGUCCAAGGCAGAAAAUUUUGGAGAAGGGGAAAGCAGAGCUUUGGAUUCCGAUUCAGACUUUCAAAGGGAGAAACGUCCGCACAAUUCCAUAUAUAACCGCUUGCGCUCUGAAACAGAAACGUUAGCAUUUCUGCCAGGUACCGUGGUAAAAAACAAUAGCCCUGUGGAUCUGAGCCAGGGAAAUCAGUGCUAUCCUCUGGACAGGGCGUCUGAUCAAAUCGAAGGCAGGCCUACAGAAAACGUAAAUGCCUCUGCAGGACAGCCACAGACUUGCCAUGGUGGCUUUCCCCAGAAUGAGCCUAUCUAUGCUGAAAGCACAAAAAGGAAAAAGGCGCAGUUAGGGAACUCCGGCGCACAACUGAUCAGCAAUGUUUUAGCAUAUAGCCCUUCUAAAGAACAAGCAGAUAGCCACUGGAGGGAAAGGACGCACCAUGUGAGCUCUGAGUUCCAAGAUUCUGCCACUCAAGUAGCAGCGACCAUUACCAUUAUGGCCGCCCACACAGAAAAUGACAACCGGACAAUCUUUCUUAGCAGCCCAGACUCUGCCGUUGGGGUUCAAUGGCCAUGUGUUAGCCCCAGCUCUCACUCAGAAACUGGGAAAACGUCAUCUUUCUUUGAUCACGUCGAAGCGCCUCAACAAAGCAGUGAAAUGAGCGGGAAAGAAAAUGGCCCUGGUCUUCAGGGGCAGACAGCUAAUAAGAAUAUGAUGGGUGAGGGCCCUGCCAUUCCCCCUAAGUUGUCCAAAGGGAGCCCACCUAGAAACAAAGGGUCUGUCACGCAAUUGGCCACACCUCCUGGGGCUGGAACCUGUGAAAGCAGUGGCUGUGAGGAUGUUGACAUUGUGAAAAAUGGGACAGACAAUACAGUUGUUGGGCCUUCCUCCCUUCAUGUGAACAGUAUCUCCUCAGAGGAUCCAAAUAGAGGUCUGUCCUCCUCCAAUUCUGAGAGAAGACACAAAUACUACAAUCUGUCCUGGAGCAGGCAGUGCAGAAUAGAGGAGGAAGAGGAAGAAGAACAGGGACUCUCAAGAAAUACUAAGGACAUGAAAGUGGAGAAUGGGGUAGACGGUCCUUCUUGUUCCGGAGAGUGGGGGAAACAGUCUGCACAAGAGAAUAAGAUCUGCGGAAUGAGCAAAUCUGCUUCGUUUGCCUUUGAGUUCCCUAAAGACAAGAAUGGCAUUGAUGACUUUGCGCCACCACCUCCACCUCCGAAGAAACAAUUCAGGCAUUUUUUGAAAAUGAACAAGAGCAAUUCUGACUUGGAGAAGCUCGGCGGCGACGCUACAGAUAGCCACAGCCCACCUUUCCAGGCGGUUCACGUCACUUUCACAGCUGGCUCCACGGAUAGUUUGCAUUUGGACACCAACACAUUCAGCAAUGGAGGACAGUCAUGCAAAGCUAGUCUGCAUUCACCGACUCGUACGGGGAAGCAUAUCUUUCCUUCAGCUCAUGUCGCAGCGUAUUCUAGCCAAGACAGGCCACAUUGCAUACCCUUGCAGCCACCCCCGCUGCCCCAAAAGAAGACGGUCAGCAGAGCUGUGUCGUCGCCUGAUGGUUUUUACUGGGGCCCGACCUCACCGGCUAGAGCAGCAAUUCCCAGAAGCCCCACGCUGAACUUCAGUCAGUCAGAAAGCAACGUCUGUAUCCGUGAAGAAACUCGGUUCAACUCCAAUUUGGGAAUUACCCACAGAACGUUUUCGUCUUCCGAGUCGCUGGAAAACGCCUUCAAAGGAACCCAUUCCCCGUUUCCGCUUUCUGGCAAGAAUGGCAACAUCUGUUGCACCCAGGACAGAAAUCUGCCACCUCGUUCCUCUUCCCAACACAAUAUGUCCAUCCAAGUUCCCUCAGGUUCCAGCCUUCAACUCCACAACCUCCUCAGCAACAUUGAUAACAAGGAAGGGGUGUAUGCUAAGUUAGGAGGGCUCUAUGCAGAGUCCCUACGCCGCCUUGUUGCGAAAUGCGAAGACUGUUUUAUGCGCGAGCAGAAGAGUGAACUGCAUUUCAAUGAGAACAACUGGUCUCUCUUCAAACUGACCUGCAACAAACCCUGUUGCGAUUCAGGGGAUGCCAUCUACUACUGCGCAACCUGUGCCAAGGACCCCUCCAGCACCUAUGCUGUCAAGAUCUGUAAAUCUCAAGACACUAAAAUGGCCACAUCGUGUUGCAGCCCUUCCGUCCCAGUUCACUUCAACAUCCAGCAGGACUGUGGGCAUUUUGUGGCGUCUGUGCCCUCCAGCAUGCUGAAAAACGCUUCUGUGGACAGCCAGUGUCCUUCCCGCACUGCCUCCGAGCAGGACUGUGUGGUCGUCAUCACCCGCGAAGUGCCCCACCAGACUGCCGCGGACUUCGUGCGAGACGCCAUCGCUUUCCACAAAGCCAAGCCAGAGUUGUACGAACGCCGGAUUUGUUUCCUCCUCCUGCAGCUCUGCAACGGGCUAGAGCAUCUGAAGGCCUACAACGUCAUUCACAGAGACCUUUGCCUGGAGAACUUGCUGCUGGUACACUGCAGACCAUCUCCCGGCUGCAAAAGAACCAAAGAGGACAAGUCUCUGCCCAGGCUCAUCAUCAGCAACUUCUUGAAAGCCAAGCAGAAAUCCGGGCCCACCGAGUCCAAAGUGAAAAAGAACCAGGCCCGGCUGGCUCCCGAGAUCGUGUCCGCUUCCCAGUAUAAAAAGUUUGAUGAAUUCCAAACCGGCAUCCUCAUUUACGAGCUUUUGCACCAGCCCAACCCGUUUGAAGUGAAGGCCCAGCUUAGGGAACAGGAGUACAGCCCGGACGACCUCCCCCCGCUCCCUGACCUUUCUAUUUAUUCUCGAGGGCUCCAGCAGCUCGCUCACCUGCUGCUGGAAGCAGACCCGAUCAAACGAAUCCGCAUCACUGACGCAAAGCGGAUUCUGCAGUGUCUGCUCUGGGGACCCCGGAAGGACUUAACAGAACAGACUCAUAACCACCAGGAGGCUCUUCACGAUGCGCUUCACAACUGGGUGGACAUGAAACGGGCCUUGCUCAUGAUGAAGUUUGCAGAGAGGGCUGUGGAUGCAGAGCGGAAUAUCGAACUGGAAGAUUGGCUCUGCUGUCAGUAUUUAGCCUCCGCAGAUCUGUCUUCUCUUUCAAAGUCCCUGAAACUUCUUCAGCUGCUCUGAUCUGUGUAGUGUUUUUUUUUAAUUGUGACAUUGGGUUUUUCCACAUUCUCAUUUUCCUUGUUUGUGUGUUCUUGUUGCUUUUUUUUUGGGGGGGGGGGUGUCUGUUCCACAUGGUUUUUGUUCCCUCUGGUGGUCAAUGCAGUAUUGCAUGCAAUAUAAAACUGCAGGGUUUUAUGCUGGACUUGAGUCGAUAUAAUAUCGAAUUGGCCACUAGAGGGAGCAAACCACGUGUGGGGCAAAAAACAACAACACCCAAACCAGUAAAAUGAAUAAGAAUAUACAAGCAAGGAAAGUGAGAAUACAGAAAAAGCCCGUCAGUUUCUUGGCGAAAUUGAAUGAGAGUUUUCUUGGGGGAACUUCCUGAUGGAAAACUGUACACAUCGUGUGUCGCUCUGUGAAUGACGGUAAAGUAAAAAAGGGGCCAUAUUUCAUGCAAAAAAAUACACUGAAAGACCAAUACCCCAUGUAAAUUUCAAGGUAAAUAUUUGUUGUGUUUGUAAAUUGUAAAGUGAUAACAGCGUAUAAUUUCCGUCGAGUAUUUUGCUUUCUAGAUAAUUAAUGGAAACAAUUUUUUUAAGUGUGCUUUUCUGUGCCUGAUGGUUUUUCUCCAUUAUAAUGGUUGGA